AUGUCGUAUGUAAAUCAAUCUCUGUCCAAUGUCACAACUGAAACACAGUAUCAGGGGUUACUGGAAAGACUGUUAUUUUCCACUCUGACUACAGUGCCAUGUUGUGUGUUUCUCUUCAUUAAUGGGACCAUGUUAUUCACCUUGAGGAGUAAACCAGUGUUUUGUGAGACCUCUCGUUACAUUCUGCUGUUUAACCUCCUUUUUGCAGACACUGUUCAGAUGGCAGUGAGCCAGUUACUGUAUGUAAUCGCUGCUUGUAGAAUAACGCUGACGUAUCCUGUGUGUGGUGUUCUUGACAUGCUUGGUUAUCUCACAAGUGAAAUCUCUCCUCUCACACUGGUGGUGAUGUCUCUGGAGAGAUUUGUAGCUGUGUGUUACCCACUGAGGCACGCUGCCAUCAUCACCGUCAGAAACACAGGGGGGGCCGUCACUGGGGUUUGGGUCUUCAGUUCACUAAAUGUCCUUACUCGAGUUCUUUUGCUUUUAGAAUUUCCUUUUAAAGACCUGGAGAGCCUGCAGAUGAAAGAUUUUUGCUCUAACAUGGCCAUGCUUCUUGGCCAAGUAUCUGCUGAUUAUCGCAAAGCCUACACUUGUUUUCUGUUUGUAUUAGCUGGUGUAGUAACCAUUUCCUCCUAUAUUGGUGUGAUGAUAGCAGCCAGGUCGGCCUCCACAGACAAAGCUUCAGUCCAUAAAGCUCGUAACACACUGCUGCUUCAUCUGGUGCAGCUGGGCCUCUGUCUCUCCUCGACUAUAUACAGUCCUCUGCUCAUUGCUCUUUCAAGAAUUGUAACAAGGAUAGUAAUUGUGCGCAUCCAGAAUGUUUUUUAUCUGUGUGUUUUUAUAUUCCCCAGAUGUCUGAGUUCUCUCAUCUAUGGCCUCAGAGACCAGACCAUCAGACCCAUUCUCAUGUACCAUCUAUGCUUUCGACCGAAACGUUCCAGCCCAGGCUGA